GUAUUUUUCACGUUGGCCGCUCGCGGUCACACUGUACACAUCCCUAUAGGUCUCGGCAGAAACAUAUAGAUUUUUUUUAUUAAACACUCACUAAAUUAAACUAUAAAAAGACGCCGAAGUAGUUACGUUUUUUAUUGCUGUAACGUAGAAUAAGACGCAUCGCUUUCUUUGCAACGUGUACGGUGUAGGGUAAGCCCGAGCAAGCCAAAAGUGAAAGUCCCAGAAAAAGUACAAAAAGAGAGAUAGAGUGACAGAGUGUGAAAGAGAGAGAUAGAGAUAUAUAGCGAGAGAGAGAGAGAGUGAGCGAGAACGGUGGAAAAGAGCCAGAGUCUGGGUGAGAGAAAAACGAUUUUUUCAGAGAACAACGCGGAUUUUCGUAUUUGCUGUGGACGGGGAAACGUGUGUGUGAAUUGAGCAGAACCUGCCGAAAAUAAUUUGAAAGCAGAAGCAAAACCGAAACGCAACGGCGCCAAUAUAUAGCAAAACGAAACAAGCAAAAAUAUUAAUAAUAUUAAAGAAAAGAAACAAGAAACAGCAGCAACAACAACAUCAACAACGGCAACGGCAACAACAACAAUAAUAAUAACCAUAGAAAAUAACGAGAAAAGUCAGCGCGCUGCCGAAGACCGUCAAAAUUCUCAGCCACAGCCAGCACACACCACCUUACAGCACCUGCACCCUAUUAGCUGCCACCACGCUCCACCACAAACAACCAGCCAUAAUGUUCGUCAAUUCGAUGACGUUCCGUGGAAAUCCGGCUAAUUAUCACCAGCAGCAGCCGGCGCUCAACCAUCAUACGCUGGCUGCCGCCGCUGCCCAUCAUCAGCAGCAGCUGCACCAUCAUGCUGCAGCAACUGGGCACCUGGGCCAUGGCGUUGGCGGCGGUCAUGCGGCUAGCAAUCAUUUGGCUGCUGCUGCUGUGCUGGGACGGCAUGGACAUAAUUCCUUGAAUGCCGGGCACACGUCCAGUUCGUCGCACUCGAGCGGUGCACUGGCUAGUGGUAGCAGCGGCAGCAGCAAUAGUUCGCCGGAUAGCGGAAAAAUUUACAUCAAGAAUCUGGAGCGUUCGAUUGACAACAAGGCGGUGUACGAUACGUUUUCGGCCUUUGGCAACAUUUUGAACUGUAAUGUGGCUAAGGAUGAGGAUGGCAACUCCCGUGGCUAUGGCUUUGUGCACUUCGAUUCGGAGGAAGCCGCCCGGGCGGCCAUUGAAAAGGUCAAUGGAAUGCUAUGCAAUAAUCAGAAGGUUCAUGUGGUCAAGUUUAUACCGCGACGAGACCGCGAGCAGGAGAAGGCAACCCAUUUUAAGAAUCUAUACGUGAAGAAUCUCAGCGAGGAGUUCACCGAGCAGCAUUUGCGAGAAAUGUUCGAGCCCUAUGGCCGCAUUACCAGUCACAAGUUGAUGCUGGAUGAAGAGGGACGUUCGCGCCGUUUUGGAUUCGUAGCAUUCGAGAGUCCACAAUCGGCGCUGGCCGCCGUCAUUGGGCUGCACGGCAAGCAGCUGGGCGACAACAAAUUCUUAUAUGUGGCACGAGCACUCAGCAAAGCUGAGCGGCAGCAGGAAAUCAACCGCAAGCUGGAGGAGCGCAAACGUCAGAAGGCCGGCCAGAUAUUUUAUUACUAAAAAUUGGUAACGGAAUGGACGGAUCUAAACGCUUUUGCGUCCGAUGCGAGAGUAACAAGAUUAUAUAGAAUCCCCCUCCAACCCCUCACACGUAACAAACAAUA